AACCGCUGUCCAGUGAAGAUGGUUGUGCGUAACACCGCAUUUUUAACGUUACUUUUGUUCUUAGGCUUCUUAAGUGGACUGUUUGGCGUUAGCCACAGUACAUUCAAAACAUGUCAACAAAGCGGUUUCUGUCGACGUCUACGUCGUAACGCAUCUCGGGAAAGUUCAUUCGAGCUACUAACGGACUCAUUUAUUAUGACCGGAAAUGUAAUCCACAUGGAUCUGUUGGAUACAGCCAACUCUCAUCUCUACGUGCUAUCACUGAGUUCUGUUGGUGACCAAAUCAUUCACUUCGAAAUCGACGAGAAACAACCACUGACGGCCAGGUAUCGCGUAGAAGACGCUCUCGCACAAGAGCUGGUACCUCGCACACUCACUGUACAAUCUACGAGCCCCACACUGGUGAUAACGGAUGGAGUUAAACGAGUUCAAAUCCAGCCAUCGCCAUUCAAAAUGGAUUUUUACUAUGACAACAUUCACUCGAUCUCAGUGAACUCCAAGGGUUUUCUUGCUAUGGAACGAUUACGAAAAAAGCCUGCAAAUCCACCGGAAGGUGAAUGGGAGGAAGAGUUCAACGGAUUUGUGGAUAGCAAACCCAGAGGACCUGAAUCAUUGUCGUUGGAUUUAACUUUCCCGCAAGCUGAAGUCUUAUUCGGAAUUCCGGAGCAUGCGGAUGAUUUCAGUCUUAAGAACACAGUGUCAAAAAGUGGUGAUCCUUAUCGUUUAUAUACUCUGGAUGUAUUCAGUUAUGAAAUCAAUAGUACUAUGGCACUUUAUGGUGCGGUACCAGUUCUCUACGGUCAUGGUGUGACGGGUAGUGCUGGAAUAUUCUGGCAAAAUUCAGCGGAAACAUGGAUUGAUAUUUUCAUGCCAGACGCACCAACAGCCAACUUUAUUUCGGAAAGCGGCAUUAUAGACGUAUUUGUUAUGUUGGGUUCUUCGCCGAUGGAAGUAUUUCAACAGUACAGUUUUUUGACGGGAACGGCCCCCUUGCCACAAAUGUAUACCUUGGGAUACCACCAAAGUCGGUGGAAUUACGACAACGAAUCGGAUGUCGCCAUGAUCGACGCUAAAUUCGCAGAGUAUGAAAUUCCAUUAGAUAGCAUUUGGUUGGAUAUUGAAUACACUGACGACAAACGAUAUUUCACCUGGGAUUACGUUCGAUUUCCCGACCCGUUACGAAUGAUUAAUAAUUUGGAGGGAAAUUCGCGGCACCUAACAAUAAUCAUUGAUCCCCACGUGAAGGUCGAUGAUAAUUAUUUCUUUCACAAGGAUUGCACCUCCAAUGGGUACUACGUAAGAAAUAAAGGACUUAGUGAUUUUCAGGGUUCUUGCUGGCCAGGCCUUUCGAGUUAUACUGAUUUCUUAAACCCGGAAGCCCGCAAAUACUACGCAGAUCAAUAUUUAUUGAGCAAUUUCAAGGAGUCAACGCGUACGGUGGGUAUUUGGAAUGACAUGAACGAACCAUCCGUGUUUGAUGGACCUGAAGUUACUAUGCAGAAGGAUAAUCUACAUUUCGGAGGUUGGGAGCAUCGGGAUGUGCACAAUUCUUUUGGCCAUUACUAUGUGAUGGCUACAUACGAUGGGUUAGUGCGUCGAAGUGAAGGAACCUUGCGGCCAUUUGUGUUGAGUAGAUCACACUUUGCCGGAUCUCAACGCUAUGCGGCCAUUUGGACUGGUGACAAUAUGGCAGAAUGGAGCCAUCUUCAGGCUUCGGUCAAAAUGUGUCUUUCGGAGUCCGUUGCAGGACUAAGUUUCUGUGGCGCAGACGUUGGAGGGUUCUUCAAUGAACCAAGUGAGGAAUUAAUUUCUCGCUGGUAUCAAGCUGGCGCAUUUCUUCCGUUCUUUCGAGGUCACGCCCAUGAAGAUACGAAGCGUCGGGAGCCAUGGCUAUGGCCAGAGCAAGUAAUGCUAGUUAUUAGGGAUGCCAUUGAGAAGCGCUACCGAUUGCUGCCUUUUUGGUACACGUUGUUUUACGAACAUGAACGGUUUGGUGCACCAAUUAUGCGUCCAUUGUUGGCACACUACCCACGAGAUUCUCAAACAUUUGGCAUCGAUAAUCAGUAUUUACUUGGCGAUCAAUUACUUGUGGCUCCUGUGCUGGAGCCAGAUCGAUCCAACAUAGAUGUUUAUUUUCCUAUGAAAGAAAACGGUCAAUCCGAUAAAUGGUACGAUGUCGUGACUUAUCGUUCUUAUGAACAACCUGGAUUUGUUUCCAUCCCAGUGGAUAGUCUCACAAUUCCAGUAUUUCAGAGAGGUGGCACAAUAAUAGCCGUGAAAAAUCAUCUACGAAAAUCAUCCAUCCUAAUGAAAUCGCUUCCUCUCACGCUAAUAGUGGCACUUGAUCGAGACGGGUCAGCAACGGGAACUUUGUACGUGGACGAUGAAGAAAGCUUUGAGUACCGAAACGGAAAAUAUUUAUAUUCGAAGCUGGAAUUCGCAAAUGGAAUCCUAUACUUUACUAAAUUGGACGUGGAUUCCACAUUCGAAACAACGAUGGUGAUUGAGGAAAUAAUUUUGGUUGGAUUCAAUGGCAAAGCUAAAUCUGCAAGCGUUCACAGUUUAAAUAGAAGCACUGAAAAUGUGGAAGUAAGUGAUCAUGAGGGCAUGAAAUCGAUAGAGCGUUUAAGCUUACCUCUAUCUAGUGACUGGAAAAUAGUUCUAUCUACACUGUAAUCAAUCGAUUAUUUCAGAACAAAAAGUAGUUGAGCAUGAAAUUAAUAGAGGGU